CACCACCUCCUCUUCUUCUAUUAUCUAACCCCCUCAUUGGAGCUUGGUCUUUCAUACCCACUUGGAAUUAAGAAGUAACAACCAUCCAAUUUCUUCCUUCCCGGAAGAAACCAAUUGACCUUGCUUUCCUCUCGUGCUCCGGUUCCAUAACGUCCCACAACCGUGAAGAUGAUUUCCGACGACGAUCUCCACCGUCUUGCCGUCUUUCUCGGCUCUUGCGCGAUGAUGAUGAUUGUUCUCUACCACUUCCUCGAAGUCAAUGCCAAAGAUACUGGAGUGGAGGAUGCAAGUGAAGUGAAGAGGUCGGCUGCUGCGUCUCAGGAGUCAGUUGCUGCUAGCCCUUCGACAGUACCUGCAGCGGCCGCGGGCGGUUCGUCAGCCAUCGGAGGAGAGAAAGACCGGUAGCGGUUUUCUUGACUUCUGUUAGCGUAUUUCCUUUCUUUUCUCGGUUUGAUACAGUUUGCCCUUGGUUCCGACGGUGAAGACUACGGCACAAGCGCAACGAUAAUGGAUACCCCUAUGGUCUUGGUUGGAGCGAUAGAUACCAGGAACGACAAGCCAGUACUUGAUCCGCAUGGAUGUGGUUACAUUG